CCUCUCGCUCUCUUUAAAGUAGCAAGAAGUAUAUGCUUCUAGCAUCUCACUCAUUUAUCCCUCGUUCCCCUUCAUUUUUAAAACAAGACGCUCUCUCUCUCUCUACAGUGAAUGAAGAAUGGCGCACUCAACAACUUCUAUUCUCCAACAGAACAACCGUUUCCUCUUCUCCUUCAAAUCCAAAUCCAAAGCCUCUAACCGUCACUUCUCCUUCCACUCUCUCCACCUCAACAAGCCUCUCCUCCCUCUCUCUUCCUCGCUCUCUUCCUUUCCUCCUUCGUCUCCGUUGUCUUCGCCUUGCUUUGUCACGCGCGUCUCCAAUGCGCCUUUAGAGUACGCGCCACCGGCGCCGGAGUUCAAUUUCGACCGGGAAAUCUCCCGCCUCAAGAGCCUCCGCUCCAAGCUCUCCGUCGCGAAGACCGUCGAGGACAAGCUCGCGGUGCUCGGCAGAGACGCGAGAGUGAAGCGAUUCUUCGAAGGCUUGAGCCGGAGCGGGUUCGCUACUGUUUUGGCUUCGCUCAGUGGGGACUCGUACGGAUUGUUUCUGGUGAAGUGCUUGGUCGCGGCGGGGCAGGAACACGUGCUCGGCUUGGAGUCCGAGAUGAGCGAAUUCGAGUCGACGUGGAGCGAUAUCAAGAGCGCGCUUUACGCGUUGGUGGAGAUGAUUGAGAAGCUCGAUAAUGGCAGGGAGCGUUCGGGGAGUAACACUGGUUUCGGUUUGAAAAGCGAAGAAGUUGGAGAUUUUGAGAAGCUGUUGAAGACUCUUGGCGAAAUUGAACGGUUCUAUGAUUGCAUUGGAGGAAUCAUUGGAUAUCAGAUUACGGUGCUUGAGCUUCUUGCACAAGCAACAUGUGAAAGGGAGACAACAAACUGGUCCCAUCACAUAAAUAAAUUAAUGGAAUGCCAAUUUACCGAAAUUCAUGCUCCUAGAGGAAUUGACCUUUCUCAAGAUACAGAAUAUGCAUCUCAAGCAGCUAUUUGGGGAAUUGAGGGCUUGCCAGACCUAGGUGAAAUCUAUCCUUUGGGAGGCUCCGCAGAUAGGCUUGGUUUGGUUGAUCCUGACACAGGUGAAUGUCUUCCUGCUGCAAUGCUUCCUUAUUGUGGACGGACUUUAUUGGAACGGCUUAUAAGAGAUCUUCAGGCUAGAGAGUUCUUGUACUUCAAGAUGUAUGGAAAACAAUGUAUCACACCUGUUGCAAUCAUGACAAGUCCUGCAAAGAAAAACCAUGAACGCGUCACUUCUCUUUGUGAAAGACUUGGAUGGUUUGGAAGAGGUCGAUCAAGUUUCCAAUUUUUUGAACAGCCUCUUGUUCCAUCAAUUAGUGCAGAAGAUGGGCAAUGGGUGGUGGCUAAACCAUUCACACCUGUAUGCAAACCUGGUGGUCAUGGUGUUAUAUGGAAGCUUGCAUAUGACAAAGGCAUCUUCAAAUGGUUUUAUGAUCAUGGAAGAAAAGGGGUAACAGUCCGACAAGUCAGUAAUGUUGUUGCUGCCACGGAUGUGACACUUUUGGCAUUGGCAGGAAUCGGUUUACGUCAUGGAAAGAAACUGGGGUUUGCAUCCUGUGAGCGACGAUUGGGGGCUACAGAAGGAAUUAAUGUUCUAAUUGAGAAGAAAACUCUUGAUGGGAGGUGGGCCUAUGGUGUGUCAUGCAUUGAAUAUACAGAGUUUGGCAAAUUUGGAAUCACCAAUGGAUCUCUUUCUCCCAAAAGUUUGCAGGAGAAGUUUUCUGCCAAUACGAACAUCCUAUAUGUGGAUUUAGCAUCUGCAGAGUUGGUUGGAUCAAGCAAAAAUGAAAACAGUUUACCAGGCAUGGUGCUGAAUACAAAAAAGCCAGUUGUAUAUGAGGAUGCUUUUGGAAACAGGCAUAGUGUCCCUGGUGGAAGAUUGGAAUGCACAAUGCAAAAUAUUGCAGAAAACUUUUUCAAUACAAGUUCAUCCCGUUGUUAUAACGGAGUGGAAGAAAAGAUGGACACGUUUAUUGUGUAUAAUGAACGAAGAAGGGUCACAUCAUCUGCUAAGAGGAAAAGAAAACUCGCAGACAAGUCAUUACACCAGACUCCAGAUGGUUCACUUUUGGAUAUAUUACGAAAUAUACACGAUCUUCUUUCCAAGUGUGAUAUUAGACUUCCUGUGAUUAAAGGUAACGAUGAAUAUGUUGAUUCUGGACCACCAUUUCUCAUCCUUCUGCACCCUGCUCUUGGCCCACUCUGGGAGGUCUCAAGACAAAAAUUUCAUGGAGGCUCCAUAUCCAUGGGCUCUGAGCUACAAAUAGAGGUUGCGGAGUUUUUGUGGAGGGAUGUUCAGCUUGAUGGAAGCCUGAUCAUUGAAGCUGAAAAUGUUAUGGGGUCAAUCAGGAUUGAUGAAAAUGGUGAACCUAUCCUAAAAUAUGGGCAGAGGUGUGGAAGAUGUAAAUUGCAGAAUGUCAAGGUACUGAAUAAGGGAAUCGACUGGGGUUCUGGAAACAACAUAUACUGGAAGCAUGAUGUGCAGCGCUUUGAGGCAUUUAAGGUCAUACUGCAUGGAAAUGCUGAAUUUGAGGCAACUGAUGUUAUCUUACAGGGAAAUCAAGUAUACGAAGUUCCAAAUGGCUACAAACUGAAGAUCACACCAGGCAAAUCAGGUUUAUCAGUCCAGUUGGACCCUAUUGAACAGAGUAUGAUGGACAGUGGAAGUUGGUUCUGGAACUACAAGAUAAAAGGCAAUCACAUUCAGCUGGAAUUGGUAGAGUUGUAAAUUACGUACUGGCUAGUCUUAACACCUCCCCUAAUGUGAACCUUGGUUCACAAAUGCAUUGGAGGCCUGUAAAUAAGAUCUGAAGGGUUCCAGCUGUUGCUUUAUUCUUGGUUGGAUAUGCCCUUGUAACUGUAAUGUACAAGAACAUAUAGAGUUCAAGCAAAGAAAGUUCUAUUGUUCAUCAACA